AUUGAUCUGAAUUAUCAGGCGUCGUCAAAUAGGUCUGUAUCAUUAAGAAAGAAUAAUUGCAUUUUAUCGAGCUUGUGAUUGUAUACUCUGAAAAACGAAUUAUCGUUUGUAGGGGUACAGUACGACCAAUAUCGUUUGACAGGGGCGUCAGCAAUAUUUGUUAGUAUUAUAGUCGAAGAUGUCUGAAUUAUACAAAACAGGUGACCUGACAAGGAGCAGGACAUCAGUAUCGAUACAGAAGGCGUCGAUGUAAGUCGAGAGACAAACGAGAGUCACAACCUGUUGGGGCCUGAUCGACAUUAGCGUGUGCAGAACAUGCGAUUAAUUUCGUAAGAAGCAGUAAUUUGUGUUGUCUGACAGUGGAAAUUUUGCUUUAUUAUCAUCAAGAAAUUGUGUUAUCCAUUUAGUGGAGGGAGGAAGCCGACGACAGUGUCACAAGAUGAGGACUUGGUUUCACUGUUUGCUUCUCCUGCAUCUGAUCAGUGCUGUGAUUCUACUGGAUCUGUCUGCAGAUCGCCAACUUCUGUGCGAAUGUACAACAACGCACUGUAAAAGUACCAACAGAACUACGUGUCAUAGUCAAUACAAGUGUUACAGUCAAUACCUGGACAAGAAAGAUGGCUCCCACCCAGUCACCAGGGGCUGUGUGCAGGGCAAUACGCCGAUCCUGUGUGAGAACCGACGGCCGGAAGUGAGAAAGAAGCUAAAAUGGCCGUACCUGAAAUGCUGCGACAACGGCGACCUCUGCAACAGCGUUGAUUUAACCACUCCUUCUUGGGUCAGCAACAUUAGCAGCGAGUACAGUGCAGUGAAUCACCUGAACACCACAAACGUCCCCGUGUCCACUAGUGACGCCGGUUCCAAGUUACUCACUUUCUGGGCACGAAACACAGAGCGCCAAGGAAGGGACCACUGGCCGAUAAGUAAGCCAACUGUUCUUGCCGUGCUGUUCGUGGGACUCUUUCUUCUCAUCAGCAUUUUGGCUUUCGGAUUCUAUAUUCUCAAAACUCAAAGUAGCAGCUACCUGUCAGAAUUACGUAAAGGCUACAUCAGAGCAACGGAAGGAGAGUCAGUGGUGACAUCUGUCGGACCCUCCUUACACAAGACCGUAAUAUCGACAAGCUCAGAACAGAACAACAAUCUGAAGUCAGUAGAGACAAUGAAAUCGGACACAGUAUGAGAAACUACUUUAUUAAGUAUUGUAAUAAGACAAAAAAUAUUAAGUAGAAUUAGAUGAAAAUUAAUAAUACGGAUGAUUUAUUAAGAUUUAUUUUACGACUGUUACGAAGUCUUCCUGGUGAACUUAUUGUGUUCAGUUGCACAACCUUAAAAUAACAUAAACUACACGAAAGGCGUAACAAAUGCAGAUAUCACAAUAAUUUAUGCCUUAAGACAGAUCCCCAAAUUGUAUUCCACUAUGAGCUCUGCCUUUGUACUUAAGCAAUGUUUCGAAGAGACUUUGCAGAUAACUUCCUGGGGACUUAAUGGUGUGUUGCUAUUGUACCACGUACUUUAAUGGAAAACCGGCCUGUGGUGUACAUUAUGAAGACAGGAAUAUGCGAUCAUUAGCAGGAAUACCGAAUGAAAUUAAGGUUAUGAUUACCCACAUGUUUGUAUGAAUGUCAUCUGAGACGUUCCGUUGUUUAGUUUUGUAGAAGUUGGCAGAGGUUAAUUUUUUGAAAUAAUAAUAAGUAAAAUAUUAACAUUUAUUAUAUUUUUAUUGUUGCCGUCGUCUUACAUUUUAGCAACUGGACAUGAUGUACUUGUUUUUUAAUGUAAGAUAUCUGAAAUAGUAAAUGAAAAUACAGAAUGUAAAUUAUAACAAAUUUAAAAUUGCAAAAAGUAUUUUGUAUUGUAUUCCAGGAUAAGAAACUCAUGAAUACAACUUGCAGAGUUAUUAACUUUUGAAGCAGGUGGUACUUACCACUGCGCUUUAAAUGGUUAAAUCCGGUGUUUUGAUAUACGGAGAAUUACUUGUUAUUUUUUUUAAUUCGACAUUAUUUUUAAAUCGUAUUUUACAGCGCUCAAAAUAGACAUCAGAUAUUAAUUCGAUUUGAGAUUUCUUGUUUAUCUACAGUAUAAAUAUAUUGAAACCCAGUUAUAUACUAUACGUUCCUUUAAUACAUUUUAUUCUGCAUUUAUAGAUUUAUGCUAAAAGUCUAUGACUGUUUUGCAUACAGUCACAGAUUAGCAAUCAUAGGUAAAAUGUAAUGUGCCAUGCUAUUAACCCCGAAACGUCUGAGACUGUCAAUAGGCUCCUUAAGCUAUUUAACGACGUCACAAAAUUUAAAAGCUCACUAAGCAUAAUAAUUAGUUUCACGGCAACCUGGAAAGGAUCUGAAAGGAAUUGGUCGAUGUGUGUGAAAAAGUAAUCAGUUCCAAAUAAUUGUGGAAAAUCACGAAACGUCAAGUUUGUUGGGUACCUGAACCGAGAUUCGAUUCCAGCACCUCUCAAAUACAACAUUCGUGUUUGCGACUCGCCCUGAGACUGCCGGUUAAUACUUGCCGUGUUGAUUGCCAGAUUUUGUUCGAGAUUUUAUCACAGAAUCCGAAACUUGUUCGUGUCGCCAGCGAGACAGCUUCAGUCUGCAUAAAAAUGCCUGUAUUAAUAUACAUGCCUGGCAAGCAGACCGUAAAAUAUGGUUUGCGAAAGAUUUGAAAGUAAUAUUUCCGCCGUCUGGAGAGGACUUUGAACCACACAAGUUGUUAUUGAGUAGGUAUCUUUUAUCUUCGAACAAAAAUCUAAAGAUUAAAAUAUAAAAACCUAUACUUUA